AUGGAGGCAAAAACCUUCGCAGCUGCAAAUGAUACUGGAGUUAAGAAAUAUCAGGGCACUCUGCCCAAGUGUAACCGCUGUGACUUUCACCAUGUGGGAAACUGUCGCAUUGGGAAAUGCGAGAACUGUGGGAAGUCAGACCACCGUACCGAGGAUUGUUGGGGUAAAAGUAUUGGAAGCCGCAAUGGUAAUGGUAAUAGGAACGGGAAUGGGAACCGUAACGGUGCUGGUAAUCGAAGCGGUGGUGGAAAUGGCAAUGGUAACUGGAAUGGUAAUGGAGCUGGGCAGAACCAAGGAUGCUUCAGUUGUGGAAGUAGGGAUCAUUUCAUGAAAGACUGCCAAAGGGAAACAACGUUCAAGCUCGAGCAUUCGUAA